UAUUAUUCGUCAAUCGUCAUCGCCAAUUACCUGUUAAAAUACGUCAUAAUUAUUAGCUUAUUACGUAUUAAAGUACUGUCAAUUUGUCUACAUCAUAAAUACGUAUAAAUUUAAUUAAUUUAUUUUUACAAAGAUCAUUAUAAUAUCAUUAAACAAUUUACUAUUUGCUGAUAUAUAGUAACACUCAUUUAAAUUUUAAAUAAAAAUAUAUAAAUAUAAUGGAGACUGCUCAACGAUCACAACAACAUGAAGAAUGGAAACAAAGAUCAUUUUUGGGACCAUUACCACAAAGUUUUUUACGAUUGGACGAGUCAUUAAAUCCGCAGCAACAACAAGAAGCUGCUGAUAGACAAGCAGCAUUAGCAUUACAACAAUUACAAGGUGGUCCUGUACCGACAAUUGAUCCAAGAGUUGGAAGACUCAGUAUCACUAUUGUCCAAGCAAAACUAGUUAAAAAUUAUGGUAUGACCAGAAUGGAUCCAUAUGUACGUCUAAGAGUCGGUCAUUCAAUUUAUGAAACACAAACUGCAUCUAAUGGAGGAAAAAAUCCACACUGGAAUAAAGUUAUUCAAUGUUGGAUACCACCUGGAGUUAAUCAAAUUUAUGUUGAAGUAUAUGACGAGUGUUCAUUUACAAUGGAUGAAUUAAUCGCUUGGGGACACAUUGAAAUACCCGCAUCUGUGUUGCAACGCGGUGAAACACAUGAGGAUUGGUAUAUGUUGAGUGGUAAACAAGGCGAUAAUCAAGAAGGAAUGAUUAAUCUAGUCUUUAGUUACUCGAGUAAAGCUGGUCCUUAUUUAAGUGGACCGCCAGUUGUCAUGGUACCUUCAGCAACGUCUAAUUUAAUGUUUGGAAUGCCUGGAUACGCUCCUGUAAAUGUUUAUACGGCACCACCGGUUGCUCAAGUUGCUGCGCCUAUUCCAAGUUCUUUACCUCAAGCUGAGGAAGAACUUAAACAAAUUGCUGAAAUGUUUCCGAAUAUUGAUAAAGAAGUUAUUAAAUCUGUUUAUGAUGCAAAUAAUGGAAAAAAAGAUAUGACUAUUAAUUCAUUAUUGCAAAUGACAGAGUAGUUAUCAUCUUAUGUUUUUUAUUGCCCAAAAAAAAAAAUAUAAUUAUUAAUUUUAAUUAAAAUUAAAAUUUUUUUUUUGCUAAAUAUUAUUCAAUGCCAUUGUUUUUAUUAAUUAUAUACGUAAAUUGAAUGUAAUAUAUUAUAUACG